AUGGGGGGAGGAGGCGGGGCAGGGGGGUUCAGCAGCGACGGGAGUUCCGGCAAGCAGCGGCUGCGGUGGACGCCGGAGCUGCAUGAGAAAUUCGUGGAGGCCGUCGCCAACCUGGGAGGCGCUGACAAGGCGACGCCCAAGGGAGUGCUGCGAGUGAUGGGCGUGCAGGGCCUCACCAUCUACCAUGUCAAGAGCACCUGCAGCCUGUGCCUGUGCCUCUCUCCCGUUCUUUUGGAGUCUUCUUCCCCUUUCGCGCUCUCAUCUCCCCAAGUGCGUGAUUUUCCCCUUCCGCCUCUUCUCCCCCCUUCCCCCCGUUUUCCCUCUUCCUCCACUCGUCCCCGCUCCCCCCCCACCCCCCCUUUUCCCCUUCCCCCUUUUCUCUCUCUGCAGAAGUAUCGACUCGCUAAGUAUCUUCCAGAUCCUUUGCCUUCCACACCCCGAGAGAAGGGUAAGUUUGUAGAAUACACCAAUAGUUGA